AUGGCUUAUUUCGACCCUUCGAAACCAACCACCGUCAUUGAUACCAGCCUUUCGGAACACUUACUCAAGAAGGCAGAGUUAACAGUUAUGCAAGUCGUGCACUUUCCAGUGUAGAAUCCCGCUAUUCACAAACUGAAAGAGAGCCGUUAUAUGGGCCAUCGAACACUCAAUCAACACUACCAUCUUUACCUCUAUGAUGCUAAGUUUACUAUCAUCACCAACGACAAGCCGCUCGGGAUCUUCAAAAGUCAGAAACCGACCUCGGCGAGAAUCGACUGCUGGAAACUAAGACGGAUGCCCUAUAUGAUUGCGAAGUUGUUUAUAACCCAGGAAAAGAUGCAGAAAACCCUGCCGACUUUCUCAGUCGUCACCCCAACCCUGUUGAUUCUUCGCCCACUGACAACAUGACCACCGACGCCUAUAUCAACUAUUUGUGCACCAACCUCAUACGCAAAGCUAUGAAACUACACGAAGUGAAGAGAGAAACAGCUAGCGACCCAGUCCUUUGCAAGCUUUCUGAAGCAAUCACACACAACAGAUGGCUCCGACUCCUGAAGUGA